AUGGCAGUACGUAACGAGGAGAAAGUCUGGCGACAGGCACACAUUACCGUUCCUUCUGAGUUAGAGUGUGUUUGGGUGACAGCCAGACCGAAACGCCUGCCAAGAGGGGUGUCCAAAGUUGUAGUGGGUGCCGUCUACAACCCGCCAUCUUCACCUCAUCAGGACCUGCUUUUAGACCACCUCGUCUCUGUUACAGACGACAUCAGGACACGUAACCCAGAGGCUGGAAUAAUUCUGUUGGGAGACUUCAACCACCUGGACAUAAGUCAACUCUGCAAUGGAAACAACCUGUCCCAGGUCAUCAAAGAACCAACGAGAGGACAGGCUAUGCUGGACCUGAUUAUUACCAAUCUUGACAAACACUACAAAACACCUCAAAUACUCGGUCCACUGGGGUUGAGCGAUCAUAACACCGUUCUGUGGGAACCACAGACGACAAGGAAAGAGAACUUUACCAAGCGCAAAACAUUGAGGCCUAUCCGUGACUCUGACCGCCGGGCCUUCGGCCAGUGGAUAUGUUCUCAAACCUGGGACGACGUGUACGCCUCCCAAACCUGUGCCAGCAAGGCCGCGACCUUCUACACAACCAUGGAAGACGCCAUAAACAAGUUCUUCCCAAAUAAACAGAUAGCAAUGCACAAUAAGGACAAACCUUGGUUGAAACCGGAUAUCAAAGAUAUGAUUCGUAGACGACAGAAGGCAUUCUCAGAAAAGAAGACUGCCCUGUGGAGGUAUCUGCGGAACAAAGUAAACAGAGAAGUUAAGAAAGCCCGCAGGUCUUUCUACCGGGAUAGAGUCCAAAACCUUAAAGUGGAAAACCCUGCGAAUUGGUACAAAGAAAUAAAGACCAUGUUGAACAUACAGCAGUCAGAACUUUCACUCAAUAUCCCCGGCCACGACGAAGCAGAUAACGUGUUCAUCUCAAACCACAUCAACAAGAAGUUCGCCGAGGUGGCACAGGGAAGACCACCACUGGACCCAGAACAGUUACCUGCAUACAGACCCGUUCAGUCAGGCCCACCCGAAGUGAGCGUAUGGGAUACCUACAACCGGCUGCGUAGACUGAAAGCUGGUAAGGCGUCUGGUCCAGAUCAGUUGAGUGCAAGGAUUUUGAAAGAAUUCGCAUGUGAAAUAAGCUACCCGGUCACAGACAUCAUGAACGCAUCCUUCAAGGAAGGUUUCGUCCCACAAGCAUGGAAGGAUGCCACAGUUGUACCCCUUGCCCAAGUCACAUCCCCCUUCAGUCGACAAGCUCAGACCAGUCUCUCUUACUUCUCAGCUUGCCAAGGUUGCUGA